GGGGCGCGGGACAACUGGCGGAGGCAGACGGCGGAUGGCGCCCGGCCCCUCGGUCACCUCUGGAAAGCCCCGACCGGUGCCUCCUGGGAAGGUUUCCUAUGCCAACCUGACGGACAGUGCUUCUGCUUGCAGGGGCUCCUGUCCCCUGAUGCUGUCCAAGCGUGGAAGGAGGCAAGGCUGAGCAUGGAGCAGGGAGAGGCCUCACCUCCUGUUCCUGCAGAACACCAAGUGAAAUGUGACACCAGCAACCACGAAGAGGAGGGAGAAUUAUUUGACUUUGACAGCGGAGAUGAGGUUCCAGAAGCAGAUAGGCAGGUCCCGUCUGCCUCUGCCGCCGCUGCCGCCUCCGAUGAUAGGACGAGAGGUGCUGAAGUAGGAGAUGCAGAUGAAAACGCGUCCCCCGCAGGAAAUGGAACUGGAUCCGAACCUGCCCCCGAGGCAGAGCCUGCGAAACUUGUGGUCCCCACAAAAGUGAACCCGUAUUCUGUCAUCGACAUCACGCCUCUCCAGGAGGACCAGCCGCCAUCUCCAGACGCGAGCACAGAGGAGGAAGGGGUGGGGCUGCGUGUGCCCAGUGGUUAUUCUGUGCCUGUGCCCUGCGGCUAUGCAGUCCCCUCCAACCUGCCAUUGCUGCUGCCUGCCUACUCCAGUCCUGUCAUCAUCCGAGCCGAGUCCGUAGAGGAGGAAGAAGCAGCUGAAGUUGCAGGAGACGGGCAGUGCAAUUCCCUAAGCUCCGAGGACCUUCCACACAGUGGUGAACAAGGCAGCCAAGAAGGCAGUGCCCUGGCCCGAUGGGCAGCCGACCCUGCCAACACAGCAUGGAUGGAAAAUCCAGAGGAAGCAAUUUACGAUGACGUUCCGAGGGAAAACUCAGACUCUGAACCAGAUGAAAUGAUUUACGAUGAUGUGGAGAACGGCGAUGAAGGUGGAAACAGCUCCCCGGAGUACGGGUGGAGUUCCAGCGAAUUCGAAAGCUACGAGGAGCCGAGCGACUCGGAGGGCAAGAACGGAAUCCCCAGGUCCUUCCUGCGCAGCAGCCAUAAAAAGCAACUCUCUCAUGACCUAACCCGCUUUAAGGCGCACUGUGAGGAAAAGAUGAGAGGCUUGGUGGCCAGUACGGUGGGAGCCAUGGAGAUUCAGCAGGCAAAGCAGAGGCAGGAGCGGAAGAUGCAGAAGCUUAUGAAGGCAGCCAAGGAAGGCACCAGAGAUGGGCUGGAGAAGACCAAGGCCGCUGUGAAGAGAGGCCGCUCCUUCAUCAGGACCAGGUCCUUGGUCUCUCAAGAUCACAGGUGUUACUUUGAAGAAGAGCAGAAUUUGUUCAUUGACGUGGACUGCAAGCACCCAGAGGCUGUCCUCACCCCAAUGCCCGAGGGCUUGUCUCAGCAGCAGGUUGUGAGAAGACACAUUCUGGGCUCCAUUGUUGAGAGCGAGAAGAACUACGUGGAUGCUCUCCGGAGGAUUUUGGAGCAAUAUGAGAAGCCGCUGUCUGAGAUGGAGCCCCGGCUCCUGAGUGACCGGAAGCUCAGGAUGGUAUUCUACCGGGUCAAAGAGAUCCUGCAGUGUCAUUCCAUGUUCCAGAUUGCGCUGGCCAGCCGUGUGUCUGAGUGGGAUGCCGUGGAAACUAUCGGUGAUGUUUUCGUGGCCUCGUUCUCCAAGUCCAUGGUGCUGGAUGCUUACAGCGAGUACGUGAACAACUUCAGCACGGCCGUGGCUGUCCUCAAGAAGACGUGUGCCACAAAGCCUGCCUUCCUUGAGUUCUUAAAGCUGAGCCAGGAUUCAAGUCCCGACCGAGUCACACUCCACAGCCUUAUGAUGCGGCCCAUCCAGAGGUUCCCACAGUUCAUCCUCCUACUGCAGGACAUGCUGAAGAACACAGCCAAAGGACAUCCUGACAGGCUGCCCCUUCAGAUGGCGCUGACGGAGCUCGAGACCCUGGCGGAGAAGCUAAACGAGAGAAAACGAGACGCCGACCAGCGAUGUGAAAUCAAACAAAUAGCAAAAGCCAUAAACGAGAGAUACCUGAACAAGCUCCUCAGCAGUGGAAACCGGUACCUCGUCCGUUCCGAUGACGUCAUCGAGACGGUUUACAACGACCGAGGAGAAAUCGUCAAGACCAAACAGCGUCGGAUCUUCAUGCUGAAUGACGUGCUGAUGUGUGCCACCGCCAGCUCACGGAACUCACAUGAAAGCCAUGCCGUGAUGAGCCAGAGGUACCUGCUCAAGUGGAGCGUCCCUCUCGGACACGUGGAUGUGAUUGAGUACAAUGGAGGCUCUGAUGCAGGGGAGCACAGCCGGCACCACGCUGCACACUCUCCUGAGAGCCUGGCUGUGGUGGCCAAUGCGAAGCCACACAAAGUUUACAUGGGGCCAGGGCAGCUGUACCAGGAUCUGCAGAACCUACUGCACGACCUGAACGUUGUUGGCCAGAUCUCGCAGCUGAUAGGAAACCUCCGAGGGAGCUAUCAGAACUUAAACCAGUCAGUAGCCCAUGAUUGGACGUCGGGCUUACAGCGGCUGAUCCUGAGGAAAGAAGAUGCCAUCAGAGCUGCCGACCGCUGCAGGAUCCAGUUACAGCUCCCGGGAAAGCAGGACAAGUCAGGGCGGCCCACGUUCUUCACCGCUGUGUUCAAUACGUUUACACCAGCCAUCAAGGAGUCCUGGGUCAGCAGCCUGCAGAUGGCCAAGCUGGCCCUUGAGGAGGAGAACCAUAUGGGGUGGUUCUGUGUGGAUGACGAUGGCAACCUAGCCAAGAAGGAGACACACCCACUCCUGGUGGGACACAUGCCUGUGAUGGUAGCCAAGCAGCCAGAGUUCAAGAUUGAAUGUGCAGCUUAUAACCCCGAACCUUACCUGAGCAAUGAAAGUCAACCACCCUCACCCUCCACAGCCCGUGGCUUCCUGUGGAUUGGGAGCUGUAGCAACCAGAUGGGUCAGGUCGCCAUUGUCUCCUUCCAAGGUUCCAACCCCAAAGUCAUCGAGUGCUUCAAUGUGGAGUCACGCAUCCUGUGUAUGGUGUACAUCCCCGCAGAGGAGUCAAAGCCCCAAGAGACCACAGAAGCCAAGGAGCCAGAAACCACAGCCUCAAGAACACCCCACGUGCCCACCAUCUGCCUGGGCACAGAAGAGGGAAGCAUUUCCAUUUACAAAAGCAGUCAGGGCUGCAAGAAGGUGAGGCUUCAGCACUUCUACACACCGGACAAGUCCACAGUCAUGAGCUUGGCCUGCUCCCCACAAGGCCUGUAUGCAGGCCUGGUCAAUGGGUCUGUAGCCAGCUACACCAAGGCUCCAGGCUUGCCUCCGGGAGCAUAUGCUAUCACGGGUACAGGCUGUGGUGCGGUGAAGGGCUAUGGAUCCUGGAACUCAGAACCCCAGCAAGUGAUCAAGUUGGGUGUCCUGCCAGUCAGAAGUCUUCUCCUGGUGGAGGGUGCGCUGUGGGCAGCCUCGGGAGGACAGGUGUUCAUGGCCAGCGUGGAGACUCACACUAUAGAGAAUCAACUGGAGGCCCACCAAGAUGAAGGGAUGGUCAUCUCCCACAUGGCUGUGGCUGGCGUUGGCAUCUGGAUUGCCUUCACUUCAGGGUCCACCCUCCGCCUCUUCCACACAGAGACCUUGAAGCACCUGCAGGAUGUCAACAUCGAUGCUCCCGUGCAUAGCAUGCUGCCAGGGCACCAGCGUCUCUCUGUGACCAGCCUGCUCGUCUGCCACGGCUUACUCAUGGUUGGCACCAGCCUGGGUGUUGUGGUGGCCCUGCCAGUCCCUCGGCUUCAGGGUAUCCCCAAAGUGACAGGGCGAGGCAUGGUCUCCUACCAUGCACAUAACGGGCCUGUUAAGUUCAUCGUCUCGGCCACGGUGUUUCAGAACAAGGACAGAGCCAGGGACAGCCCACGUUCCGGUUCUGAGCUUCAGGAUGAAGACCCCAAGGACUUGCUCUGCAGCGAGGAGGGUCCUUCCUGCCCGGGCCAGCCUGACACCUACACAGCCGCUUGGUUGGGAGACUCCCCAGGACUACCAGCUCAGAAGAAUGACCUGUCUUCAUCCUCGGGGUCACUGAGCCUGUCCCAUGGCUCCAGUUCCCUAGAGCACAGAUCUGUGGACAGCAGCCUGUGUGACCUGCUGAGGGACCCCAGUGCCUCCCCAAGGAGCAGACCACAGGGCUCUAGGCGAGCCAGAGCCAGUUCAGCGCUGGUGGUGUGUGGGGGCCAGGGCCACCGGCGGGUGCACAGGAAGGCCAGGCAGCCUUCUCAGGAGGACCUGGUUUCUUCAGUGAUGGUGUGGCAGAUCCCCCUGCUGGGCAUGUAGGUCAGGAGGCUGCUGCCUGGCAUCGGGUGGCAAGCAAGGACAACCCCUCAGCCAGAUGCAGGGCCAGCUGACAGAGGCUGCACCUGCACCACUGGGACCAACUGGAAGCAGAGUUUGGAAAAGAGAUAUUCCGUGGUCACACAGCUCUCCUGCCUUCCUCCCACCGCACAACCGAGCCCAGCUGUGCCAGGGAAAAAGGGGGGCGCCCUGGCUUUGGGGUCACUGGGCCACAGUCCAGGAUAAUGCGACAGUUUGCCCCAUCAUUCGCCUGAGUGGCAAAGCUGGCUGCGUGGGCUCCAGUCCCAUCUCAGAGAACCGACAGGGAGACAACGUAGCACCUAGUAGCAUAGGAGGUCAUUAACAAUCCUUAAAAUCAUUCUACUUGACUCAGACUCACUACUGUUAUUUAUAUUCUCUAUAUUUUUUAAAUCCCAGAAUACCAGAUUGUAACAAUUUAGAAAGCCAGGUAACACACCCCAGUCCAGUCAGCUUGUCUUUUUGGGAAGGAGUGACCGAGGCUUUCCAAAGUAGACCGUUAUGUGUACUGUGCCCUUUAACAAAUAGUGUUUUUAUAUUGCAUUUUUUUCUAUUAAAAAUCAGUUAACAUUUUAGUCAAUGAACUCUCUGUAGUGUUUCAUACAUAAUCUUUACUUGAAGCCAAAAUGUUCAGUACCUAUCAAUAUUGAACUCCAGCUUCCACGCCAAAUCAUACUUGCCUUCUCAUACUAAGUGACAUUAAUGUCUGCGUGGGACACGUGCUGGCCCAGUCAUGCAGGGAUGGUGCUAGACUCGUCUCCAGUCUUCUGUGCACCUGAUGUCAGAGAGCCAUCCACAGUUGGACACGCCUUCUGAGUGGUCCAUGGUGCUGAUCAGUCAGCCACUGCCCGUCUCCGCCCCUGCCUGCCAUCUCUGUGCCACCCUCCCCCUCUUCCCAAAGAACACACAGGGUCACAUGGGACACUUGAGAAGCAGCUGAGAAUGUCAAGGGGCAUGAGUAACCCAUAGACUCCGUUUGCUCCGUCAGUAUUUAUACAUCAGUGCUUUGCU